GGCAAUCCUGGAUAGUGUAGAGAAGGAGAUGACACUCAGCGGGAACCAGUGGGAGCAGGAGAAGAUCAUAGGGUUGGAGAAGACUCUGGAGGAGUACAAGGCUAUGGUGGAGAUGCUGAUGGAGAAGGAUGGAGCAGAUGGGAUUGAGAAGAAUAGAUCAGAACUAGUUUUGCUCCGGGAGAACUAUUCUCAGCUCAAGAAUAAAUAUAUGAAGUUAGAACUAGAACUGGACAGAAGGUCAAUUAGAGGAGAUUAUGAUCCUACCGACACCAAGGUGUUGCACCUGAGAAUGAACCCCCUGAACAGCGCUGUUAUGAAGGAGGCUAGGAUGAAGGAGGAGCUGCAGAAGGAUAAUGAUGCUUUGAGGGCCCGGAUACAGCUCCUGGAGGAGGGACAGACCAAGGAUCUAACCAUGAUGGUGGGGCACAGGUUGGAGGAGGGCGUGUCUAGUCAGGAGGUUCAGAAUCUACAGGAACAGCUCAAAUCAUCGGAUUUGAAGAAUCAGAGGAUUAUGGAGAUGUUUAAGAAAACUUCGAAGGAGUUUCGUGAAUUUGUUUUCCAGACAACAGGAUACAGGAUAGAUAAAUCAGGAGAGGAUACUUACAAGGUUAAAUCUGUUUAUGUUGACUCCCCAGACUCGUAUCUGCUUUUCAAACUUUCUGAACAGGCUGGAUUAGAAAUGCUGGAGAGUGAGUUUAGUCUUGAACUUGAAGAACUGAUGGAACAACAUCUUGAACAGCAGAACAGUUUUCCUAUGUUCCUUGCUGGGCUUACUAUGCAGGCCUAUAGAAAACGUCAGGGAACUUAUUGUGAAGAAGACGAGGAGGAAGUUGAUGACCAUGAUGAGUAUGAGGAUGAUGAUGCUGGAGAGGUUGACGAAGAAGAUGAAGAGAAUGAUGAUGAUGAAGAGGACGAUGAUGGGAAUAAUGAGAUAGAUGACGCCAGAAGUGUUGAUAGUGGAGACAGCAGUGACUUGAUUUGUGUUGAAGACGAUUGAUGAAAUGUUCGCGGAUUUGUCUGGAUAAUAAACGGACGCGGCACUCUCGCGGGGUGCGAUAAUUAUUAAGCAUUGUUGUCUCGUGAAAAUCUUGAGACUAUUAGGACAUGUUACGUUGUAUAAAUCGAGUUCAAACCACUUGGUUAAAAAUGAUGUGAUUUAAAACCAUAAAGAUUAUAUUUUUGAAAAUCACAAUAGAAAUGGUGAUUUGUAAAUGAUAGCAUUGUAAUGUUUCAGAAA